UGAUAACGGAUGAGAAAUCGUUAUCUUUCACAGCAAAUACAGCCAUUUAUACUAUAGGAUACUAUCUACAGCAGUAAUGAUAAAAGUAGCCAACUCUUGUCUUGUUCCUCUGCAGUUACAUUUUGUUUUCUAAACUGGGUCAAGCCAAGUCCGUUACACUACGCAGGCGCAGCUUGAAGGCUGCCUGUCAGUGCCAUAGCAACCAAAGCAGACAUCAACCAUCAACAUGGCCAAAGCAACGACUGUGAGAGAAGCACUGGCCAAAUGGGAAGAGAAGGCAGGCGAGAAAGUGGGCGAGGCUAAAGCCAUAAAACUGUAUGGUCAGGUUCCUCCUAUAGAGAAGAUGGAUGCCUCUCUCUCCACACUCACUAAUUGCGAAAAGCUCUCUCUGUCUACAAACUGCAUUGAAAAAAUAACCAAUCUGAAUGGCCUGAAGAACUUGAGGAUAUUGUCAUUAGGAAGAAAUAAUAUAAAGGCCCUCACUGGGCUGGAGACAAUAGGGGACACAUUAGAAGAGCUGUGGAUCUCCUAUAACUUGAUAGAGAAACUGAAGGGAAUUCAAUCCAUGAAAAACUUAAAAGUCCUCUAUAUGGCCAACAACCUGGUCAAAGAAUGGGGAGAGUUUGUGAGGCUAGCUGACCUGCCAUGCCUCGCAGACCUGGUGUUUGUUGGAAAUCCCCUAGAGGAGAAGCAUUCAGCUGAGGGAAACUGGAUGGAUGAAGCCUCUAAAAGACUACCUCAUCUGAAAAAACUAGAUGGAACCCCAGUCAUCAAGGAUGUGGCUGAAGGAGAUUGAGAGUGCCGAGAAGCAUGACUAUCUGCAAAACUACAACCAUGUUCCCUAAGAGUCUUCCCUUUUUUUAAAGUUUUGUAUGGUUUGUCAUGGUGCUUUUGUUUAUAUUAAAUGACUUUUUUAAACAGCAUAGAUUUGUUGUAGAUGGACAAGCACAAGAUAGCCAAUAAAUACACAGAUGUGUAUGUUUUAGAAUUAGAAAAGUCUGUUAAGUUGUCAACACCUAAGUCCUUGUCGGCUUGGGACCAUAAAGAGAUUUUGAUGAGACCAUAUAAGUGGGAAUAAAUGAUUACACAUUUCCUAGUCUCGCAUUGCCAGACCGAUCUCCACAGCGCUGGGCAAAUUUCCUAAUGCUACAGCAUUAUGAUUUUGUUUUUUUAAAAUAAAACUAUGAAGGAUAUUGACACUAAUGCUACUUGUUCUUGUUAACUGAAAAUUGACUGUGGGAAUUGGUGGUUCAGUCCUAUUUUUGGGCCAAGAACAGUGUACAUUUACAAAGUGUUUCCUUGCCUCUUUAUGUUCCUCUAGCAAGAACUAAAGCACAGUGUAGCACACACAUUAGUUAGCACAGACAUUAGUGUGGACCAGAUGUUAAUCAGUUAAUACUAUUAGCUCCAUGCUGCUGGACCUUCUCUAGUCUAAUAGGAGUUAGCUGUAAAUCCCUAACCACCGUCCUUCCUCCAUAUCAUCACUAUAAAGACCUGGCCAGAUUAAGCUUAAUAUUAUCUGUAUUAUGCUGCAUUUACAUCAUAUUGGACUAAGCAGCGGAACAAUUGAUGGUUAGAAAAAGUGACUUGGAGUGAUUCAUUUUUGUGUCGACCACAAAAAUGAAAAAUACAGCAAAUAGUUGCAUCUUGCCGUGGUACUUAAACAGCGUACUGUUUUUCCAUGUUGUUAUCAAUAUUCAAGAAUACAGUGAAAUCACGGUCUAUUACCAAACUCUGACUUCUCAGGUAGUUAGCGCUAGUAGCAUUA